UGUUGGUUCAUGCUUCUGGCUGCUUGCCAGCCAUGGGUCAAGUCGUGUCCGAACAAUGCUGUGGGAACAAUUCAGGAGAUGCGGAGACAGAGGGAACCGAUGCUGUGCCGGUGUUGGUUCCAAGUACCGAAAUCGCCCAGCUGACGGGUGCUGGUGAUAAAGGCGUUAGCCCUUGCAUCCCCAGCGCAGCCAAAGUCUCCGAGAGCAAAGGCAAACCGAAAGACGCCAAAACCACAGCCCCAGCGGCCAAAGCCCCUGCAGCCAAAGAGUCUGCUUCGGGCGGAGGUGGGAAGCCUCCAGAGCCGGUGGCCAAGGCGGCCAAGAAGAAACCAGCUCCAGUGAGCACCGCGAAGACCGUCUCAUUGGAGUCCCUCAAGACCCUGACGGACAUGGGCUUUGAUGAGACUGCGGCCACCACUGCCCUGGAAGCGGCCAACGGCAAUAUAGAUCAAGCAGUCGUAAUGCUAUCGGCUGCCGCCACUGCAGCGCCUGCGGAGCGCUGGGACCCCGGCAGCCCGCGCGCGCCGGCUACGAAGCCGCCGCGGAAGCGGCAGCUGGAAGCGUUGCAGGAGAAGGUGAACAUGCUGACUGCCAUGGGUUUCAGCGAACAACAAGCCAAAGAUUCCCUGGAAGCAUCUGGUGGUGAUGUGGAAUCCGCUGUGGAGAUCCUCACCGGGAGAGCUGCCUAGAGAAUGAAAAAUGCCGGGGUGAAACUGUCAAUGCACCCAUGGCUGAUGC